UCGGGCUGUUUCUGGCAGCAGGCCACUGAGUGCUGGGAUCGGUUGAGUGGAAGCACUGCCGCUGCCUUUGUGGCUUUUUUCAGUCUGUUUGGGAAAUUAAACCAGGUUAUCACCUUGAAAUUAGACCUUGGAUUACGCAUGCUCGUUUCUGACGGGAUUAAUUGGAUUUUACCUGUGCAGUUAUUAAAAGAGCACCAGAGGAGUCACUCUUGGCAGAGACCAAUGGCAUGACUAUAUCCCUGGCUGGUGUUGCUGCAGUAUUGGCAGUCCUUGGCACUGAAGCAGAGAUAAAAGAGCCUGUCCUUUUCCUAUGGAUCACAGAGCUGUAGGAUAUACUGUACAUCAGUAUUCACACUCAUUACUCAGCUGACUGUCCAGACCUGCUGUGAGUCACUCAUGCUUUCUGGAAGGGCUGUCUGUUAGAUAUGAGACUCCCUCACAUUAAGGGUGAAAUCCUUGCUGCUUGGGCCGGAGUUGAUUGAGAAGUGAAGUGCUGCGCAUAAGAAAUGCAGGCUGAGAACCCAUUUACUAAGAAGCUCCAGGCCUUGAACGGGAACAUGGGCCCUCCCAUUUCAAACCUACAGGGAACACCAGCCGUGCCCAAGAUGGGCAUUCGAGCCCGAGUAUCAGAUUGGCCCCAGAGGCAGGACGGUGGUCACGGACCUCCACCUAGAUUCGACAGCCUGAUGACAAACUUCCAGAGCAGAAUACCCAGCCAGAGCACGGAUGAGGUCAUUAAUCAGAACCAGGAGGCUCUGAAUAAGCCCAGUUUUAUUGAAACCAAAUACGGGCUGCUCAGUCACUCUCCAGGUAAAGACUUUCGUCCAAUGCAGAAGCGAAGCAACAGUGACAUCACCCUCAGCGAUAUCGGUGCGGAGGAUGUGGAUCAGACCGCUGUGAACCCAAACACGGGUACCUCUCUGCACCGCGAGUACGGCAGCACCUCCUCUAUCGAUCGACAGGGUAUAACUGGUGAGGGUCUGUUCACUACACCAAGGUCCUACCCAGCCGAACACUCCAAGCAGCCCAGUGCGCCACCUCCGCACGGCUUCCCCGAAUACCUACAGCAUGAGACCAUCUCUCCGAGUCUCCAGACCGCAGCUCAGAUUGCACGAGGGGACAUCAUCUGCAUUCAGAACUAUUCUGAUUAUGUGGACAGCUCACUCUUUUACAGCCGGAAUCGAGAAAGGACUUUCCUACAGAGGCAGAAAUCGGACCGCGGCGAGACUUCGAUAUUUCGUAGGCUGAAGACCGUAAAGAGCGAAGCCAAGCAUUUAAUUGAGCAGGACAGUUGUAGCAGGCAUGGCUGUACUUUGGGUUUCCAGAGGUGUUUUGCACAUUAUGAUGUACAGAGCGUCCUCUUUAACAUAAGCGAGGCAGUUACUAAUCGGAGUAACCUUGCCCGCAGGAAGAACAUAACAACUGGAGCUUCUGCUGCGUCUCAGCACCACGCGGCUGUAGCAGAACCUUUACCCGCGUGCGGCGGCUCUCCUCUAGGUAGCUUCGAGGAUCUCGGACAAAAAUCUUGUACUGAUCCAGAUAAAGGGGAUGGGAAGAGCAGUGGGAUGGUGCUUAGCUGCCCUUACUUCCGCAAUGAGGUAGGUGGGGAAGGAGAACGGAAGCUAGGACUCGCGAAAACCGGCAGUGCCCCCUACAGCAGUGGAGGUGAAAACCAUUCCGUCGAGUCAGCUCUCACUUCUCACUGUACGAAUGCCGGAGUAUCCGUACUGGAGUCGCCGUGCGAUAGUUACUCACCUCACGAGAAUUAUGCUGUUCCCAGAGACUGUAUCAAGCGCUACAUCAUUGAACACAUUGAUAUGGGGGCGUACUAUUACCACAAGUUUUUCUACAAUAAAGAACACCAGAACUAUUUUGGUGUUGAUGACAACCUGGGCCCCGUGGCGUUAAGUGUACGCAGAGAGAGACAGGAGGAGAGCAAAGACGGAGUGCAAUAUAACUACAGAGUUAUCUUCAGAACCAGCGAGCUCACUACCCUGAGGGGGUCUAUCCUGGAGGAUGCUGUGCCCUCCACUGCGAAGCAUGGCACAGCUCGUGGUCUGCCUCUGAAGGAAGUGCUGGAGUAUGUAGUGCCUGAGCUCAAUAUCCAGUGCCUUCGUCUGGCCGUCGGCUCGCCCAAAGUGUCGGAACAGCUGCUGAAACUGGAUCAGCAGGGGUUGAGCUAUCAGCACAAGGUGGGGAUAAUGUACUGCCAGGCUGGUCAGAGCACAGAGGAGGAGAUGUACAAUAAUAAAAGUGGCAGUCCUGCUUUUGAGGAGUUUCUGGAUCUGCUCGGCCAAAGAGUUCUUCUGAAGGGCUUCACAAAGUACAGAGCUGAGCUGGACAAUAAAACGGACUCUACAGGCAGUCAUUCUCUCUACACAGUCUAUAAGGAUCAUGAGAUAAUGUUCCAUGUUUCUACAAUGCUCCCCUACACACCCAACAACAAGCAGCAGCUUCUGAAGAAGAGGCACAUUGGAAACGACAUUGUCACCAUCAUAUUCCAGGAGCCAGGAGCACUACCCUUCACUCCCAAAAACAUCUGCUCCCACUUCCAACACAUCUUCAUCAUCGUCAAAGUACACAAUCCCUGUACAGAGCAUGUUUCUUACAGUGUAGCAGUUGCUAGGUCAAAAGAUGUACCAGUGUUUGGUCCUCCGAUCCCCAAGGGGGCGAUGUUUCCCAAAUCAGUCGUAUUCCGAGACUUCCUGCUAGCCAAGAUGAUCAACGGUGAAAACGCCGCCCACAAAUCUGAAAAGUUUCGCGCCAUGGCCACACGAACGCGCCAAGAGUACCUGAACGACCUGGCCAAGAACUUUGCCAGCGCCACGCCGGUGGACUCUUCAGCAGCCAAGUUCAGCUUCAUCUCGCUGGGCACGAAGAGGAAGGAACGCAGCCGGCCGAGAGUCAACGCACACCUCCACAGCUCGGGCGCCAUCACCUGGCCAGUGGUUGCCCAGGACUUCAGCAUCUCCAUGGACAUUGGUUGUCUCUUGGCCAUUUCCAGUGAGUUUGUGGUGCUAAUUGAAGAGGCUUCAAAGGAAGUAGUGUUCAACUGUUACUGUAGAGACGUGAUUGGAUGGAGCUCAUCUCCAGCAGUGGGACGAGUGAAGCUGUUCUACGAGCAUGGAGACUUUAUAGUGUUCUCGGUGCAGGAUGGCUGUGCUGAGGAGGUGUUUGAAGUCACGCAGCGACUUGAGAUGGUGACUGGAGGCUGUGAGACAAUAGAAAUGUCUUUGCGUAGGAAUGCUUUGGGCCAGCUUGGCUUCCAUGUGAACUUUGAGGGCGUGGUGGCCGACGUGGAGCCGUUUGGAUUUGCUUGGCAGGCCGGGCUGCGUCCCGGUAGCCGCCUGGUGGAGAUCUGCAACGUAGCCGUUUCCACCCUGUCUCACGAGCAGAUGAUCGACCUGCUCCGGACUUCAACCAGCGUCUCUGUGCUGGUCGUUCAGCCUCACAAGGACGGGACGCCCAGGAGGGCUUGCUCGGAGCUGUGCCGCUUCCCUGUUUUGGAGUAUAAGACGGUUGGUGCUGGAGCCGGCUGGAACUGCAUGAGUCACCCGCCCCAAGGCCUAACGCUCUCUCGAAUGUCUCCCACACUGGGCCCUGAUAGGCCCUCCCCUGGACAGCAAAUGUUCCAGUAUGCCCAGGCAGCCAUCUCCCGCAGCACCUCAUUCGACAAGAAGUACCAGGAUUGUACCUGGAUACUUCAAGACUUUGAUCUAAUCCAGAGCCCAACUGGAAUCCCUGGCCAUCCCUACUGUAGCUCUCCCAGUAACCAGUCCACCUCUAGUGACCCGGGGCCCUGUGGAACAUGGAACCAGAAGCCUGCAUAUGAUGGACGUCAGUCCCCUGCUUUUCAGGAGCAGACUGAGGGGAAGGAGGCCGAGACCUGCAGAGAACAAGAACACAGACUGGAGAGAACCAGAUCUGCAGAAGCUAAGUGGCACAUCCCGUCCACUAAAAUACUGAACAAACCUGUGCAGAGGCAGGAAGGAAAAGACUCGUCCAGGAAAUUCCCACAGACCCAGGAGAAGAGCUGUCACAGUCACUGUUCCAGUCACUCCAGCAGCAACACUCUCUCCAGUAACACCUCAGGCAGCAGCGAUGACAAGCGCUUCGGCUCCGGAGACCCCAUGGACCCCGAGUCACUGGGUCUCACCUAUAUUAAAGGUGCCUCCACAGACAGCGGCAUUGAUACCACCUCCUGUAUCCCCACUGCUGCUCCUCCACUGACCUUUCCAGAGGGAGACCCUGUGGGAAUGGUGCAGAGGACAGCGAGAGAGCAGAUGGGGCUUCCUUGGGCAGUGGAGUAUCCAGAAGAAGAGGAAGAAGAAGAAGAGGAGGAGGAGAGGGAGGAAGACACAGAGAAGGCCUUAUACAUGCAGAACUACGUCGCUGCCACAGCGGGAGGUCACGCCACUGACGGCAGCACCGGAGACCUGAGCGAAAUCUCCUCAUUAUCCAGUGGUUCCCGUCACUCUGGAAGCCCGUCUGAACACAACAGAGUCUCAAAGAGUAGAAAUUCCAUGGAUUCCAAAGUCUACGCCGUUUCUCCCACCAGCUCGUCUCAGAGCGCAGGGCUGGAUAAGUAUGCUUUUGGCUGCGCAGCACAAAGCAAGAAGUAUCUGACCAACUGGAAGAAGGAGGAGGAUGGAUGCUCGCUGACGGUGCCAGAGCAGCAUAGAGACUGCAGGAGGUUUUAUACGACGGACUCCUCUCGUCUGGUUGGUCGGGACAUGAAGCUCCGGACGCUCUCUGAGGAGGGGUUUAAGAUGCAGCUGCCUGACAACACCACAGACCAGCUUGGGCAGGAAAAGGUCUCCUCAGCGACUCAGUCUCCACAUCGCUCUCUGUACCGGACGCUCUCAGAUGAGAGUUUGUGCAGCAGUAACCGCAGGGUUUUGUCUUUAGACAGCCUGAGAAGCUUUAUUCUGGAGCAGGCUCUGCCCAACGACAUCCUGUUUAGCAGCGUCCUGCCGUACCACAGCACCCUGCCCCCCCGACUGAGCCGAGACCAUACAGCUCGCCAGCUAAAGAAUGAGAUGUGCUUUUCUGAAAAUUCACUCGCAGAAAAAAACAAACUGGCAGAGACGGACUUCAUGCCCCUGCCGGCCACCUCUGGCCUGGACUGGUCCCAUCUAGUGGACGCUGCUCAGGCAUUCGAGGAGAUCUCAGCGGUGCAGAGCAGACGAGCAGCUGAUGAUUCUUCCCUGGACGCAGGGAAUGAGUCGCCUGCUUUACUUACUGGAAAAGUGAAUCAGUUAGAGCUCAUUCUCAGACAGCUCCAACACGACCUGCGGAAGGAACAACAAGACAAGGCUAUGCUGCAGGAGCAAGUGCAGCAUCUCCGGCAGGAUAACCUUCGGCUGCACGAGGAGAGCCAAUCAGCUGCCGCUCAGCUGCGGCAUUUCACCGAGUGGUUCCUGAGCUCAAUCGAUAAGAAAGUUUGAUCCUUUUUCUCUCUAUUCUGAGGGCAUUUUUUUUUCCUUCUUUAGCUUAGAACCUAAGCACAGCCAAGGAUACCUGCACUUGUGUAGCCAAAUAUAAACGUAGGCUUUAUCGGAGGAAGACAAGGAGGAGGUUCAGGUGAGGUUGGUGCGAGUGGGAAUAAAUGCAAAACAAUAGAAGAACAUUAAUAAAAAAUGAAAGGGGAAAAGGCGCAGUCUGUAUGAACCAGAAGAGGUAUUAACUUGGGGAAAUCUGAAAAUGAAUGUAAUGCAAUAAAUAGACUCUGGUUUUUCAUUCUCCAGCAAAAGUUCUUCAUUUCAAAUCUGGCUUUUUUACCUGUCCACCACCCAAGUCAUUUGUUCUGAUGUAAACCAGCCAAGCCAGGUUCCCCCAAUGACUGGGUGUAGUGCUGUUUCAUACAUUUUAAGUAAUUGAUUGUUACAAAGUUGUAAAAAAAACGAUGGUAAAUAUGUAGUCACAAAACGUAUUAGCUCUGUGUGUCAUGUUGAAGGUGCCUGGUGUUAUUCAUUGAUGAUUUAAGUUUUCUGUUGAUCCUACAUUCUUCUUAUAACCACUGUCGAGUCGUAACACUGUUUUAACUCAACAAUUCAAACUCAAAAGAGAAGACGUGUUCUGUCACGGUCAGCCCACAAUACAAGGCCAACAACUAAAGGCAAAUCAAUUUGUUCCUGUGAAGUACCUCAGAAAAGCACUCUUUAUUUAAGCUUGUUUAACCCGAAAUUGUUAUUUUAAUACGAGAUUUCCUUUUCUGCACUAAAUGAGUAAUAGCUCUGUUGUGGUAGCACUCCAUAGCUUCUCUGAAAUAUAAAUGUGUACUUACAAAGGAUUAUUCCUGAGAAGUUCAAACUGUGUAUGCUGCUAGACAUGUUGUUUUAUAUGAUCUUUACAUAUGUUUUUAUUUCUUUGCAUAUCUGUUUUAAAAGGGAUAGAAGUUUUGCUUUGUAAAAUAAAGUUUAGGAUGUGAAUAAAGAAAAUAAAAAACACCCUCUUUGCUGUGA